UCAACUCCUGCUACGUGCACUUGCCUCCGGCUUCCUCGCUCGCCUCUCUCUCUCUCUCGCGUCCACUCUGCAUUUAAGCUCAUAUCCUGAAGGAUUCACAAUGUGUGGAAUACUCGCAGUCUUGGGUUGUUCUGAUGAUUCUCAGGCCAAGAGGGUUCGCGUUCUCGAGCUCUCUCGCAGAUUGAAGCAUCGUGGUCCCGACUGGAGUGGGAUUUAUCAGCAUGGGGACUGCUAUUUGGCCCAUCAACGGCUGGCAAUCGUCGAUCCAGCUUCCGGCGAUCAACCUCUCUUCAAUGAAGACAAAUCCAUCGCUGUAACGGUCAAUGGAGAGAUUUACAAUCAUGAAGCACUGAGGAAGAGUUUGGCGCAUCACAAAUUUAGAACUGGCAGUGAUUGUGAUGUUAUAGCGCAUCUGUACGAGGAACAUGGGGAAAACUUCGUGGACAUGUUGGAUGGAAUGUUUUCUUUUGUGUUAUUGGAUACCCGUGACAACAGCUUCAUCGUUGCACGUGAUGCUAUUGGGAUCACCUCUCUCUACAUUGGUUGGGGACUAGAUGGGUCGGUCUGGGUUUCAUCAGAAUUGAAGGGUUUGAAUGAUGACUGUGAACAUUUUGAGAGCUUCCCCCCUGGCCACCUGUAUUCAAGCAAAUCCGGCGGGCUCCGGAGAUGGUAUAACCCUCCAUGGUUCUCCGAGGCUAUUCCUUCAACCCCGUAUGACCCUCUUGCUCUGCGACGUGCAUUUGAAAAUGCUGUGAUUAAAAGGCUAAUGACUGAUGUGCCUUUCGGAGUCCUGCUUUCUGGAGGGUUGGAUUCAUCACUGGUUGCCUCUAUAACGGCGCGUCACCUUGCCGGGACCAAGGCUGCCAAGAGAUGGGGAACACAACUUCAUUCUUUCUGUGUUGGCCUUGAGGGUUCACCGGAUUUGAAGGCUGCUAAAGAAGUUGCUGAUUAUCUGGGUACUGUUCACCACGAGUUCCACUUCACUGUUCAGGAUGGUAUUGAUGCCAUUGAAGAUGUUAUUUACCAUAUUGAAACGUAUGAUGUGACAACAAUCAGAGCAAGCACCCCUAUGUUUCUGAUGUCACGUAAGAUUAAAUCGCUUGGAGUGAAGAUGGUGAUUUCCGGCGAAGGCUCAGAUGAGAUUUUUGGGGGCUAUUUAUACUUCCACAAGGCUCCUAACAAGGAAGAGUUUCACCGUGAAACAUGUCGUAAGAUAAAAGCUCUGCACCAGUAUGAUUGCUUGAGAGCUAACAAGGCAACAUCUGCAUGGGGUUUGGAAGCUCGGGUCCCCUUCUUAGACAAAGAGUUCAUCAAUGUUGCAAUGGCUAUUGACCCUGAGUGGAAGAUGAUAAAACAAGAGCAAGGGCGAAUUGAGAAGUGGGUUCUGAGAAAAGCUUUUGAUGAUGAAAAGCACCCGUAUCUGCCAAAGCAUAUCCUCUACAGACAGAAAGAGCAAUUUAGUGAUGGCGUUGGCUACAGCUGGAUUGAUGGUCUCAAAGCUCAUGCAGACCAGCAUGUGACAGACAAAAUGAUGAUCAAUGCUGCAAACAUCUUCCCACAUAACACUCCAACCACGAAAGAAGCCUACUACUAUAGAAUGAUUUUCGAGAGGUUCUUCUCACAGAACUCAGCCAGGCUGACAGUCCCGGGAGGAGCGAGCAUAGCAUGCAGCACAGCCACAGCUAUUGAGUGGGACUCAGCAUGGUCGAAUAACCUUGAUCCUUCUGGUAGGGCUGCUUUGGGGGUCCAUGUUUCAGCUUACAAACAGCAGUUGCCUGCUGUCAAUGCUGCUAAUGGGCCAUCCAAGAUUAUCGAUGAUGUGUCGAGGAUGGUGGGAGUGGGCGCUCCGGGACUUACGAUCCUAAGCUAGUAUAUGCCUUCUGGAACACAGUUAUGUGCUGGGAUUUUAUGGGUAGAACUAGCAGCAUUUGCUGAAUUUUAGAUGCAGUUUAAGCAAUGUGUAAAAGUGAAAAUAUUCUAAAAUGAUGGUUACAAUUCUCUGUCAUCAAUAUAUUGUAAUCCAUCUCUUGUACUUUUUUUCCCUCACCUCGUUGGUAAUGACUAAUGAAUGAUCAGUAUGUCACAGUUCAAACAA